CCGGGCGGUGCGGUGGGGUGCGUCCCUCCCGCCGCGGCUGCCAGCGCCGCCGGCACCAUGGGCUGCUGCUGCUGCUGCUGCCGCCUCCUCCUCGCCCUCCUCCUCCUUCCCCUCCUCCUCCUCCUCCCGGCAGGGCUGGGCGAUGACUCCACAGCAUCGCCCCUCGCCCCUGCCAGCCCUCCCUUCCCCGGGGAGGGGACCCCAGCACAGCCGGGCUCCAGGGCUGCGGACGUCCCCACACCGGCUCCUGGCCAGCCCUCGCUGCCCGUGUCCGCGGGACCUGCUGGAGAUGAGACAUCCUCUGGGCUGGCAGAGGAGGGUGGCCACAAUGCCACCCCCGUGGCGGUACUGCCCCCCGCUCCUGCCUCCGUCACCGCAGCCACCGUCACCAUAGCAGACAGCCCCUCCGUAGCCUCCAAGCCCAGCUCGGUGCCACCAACCUUGGAGACAGCCUCAGGUCUUCGGACAGCAAAUACUGCCAGCUUGGCAAGAGGCACGAUGGAUUUGGGGACAGCCCUCAGCCCCACGGGUAUACCUGCAUCAUCCUCCUCCUCCUCCACCCUCCCCACCAGCGAAGGGUAUUCAUCCCCCGGGACGGUCUUGUCCCCAACGCCUGUCCUCAAGAGCCCCGGCAUCACCCAGCCACCGGCACCGACCAAGGACGUCUCUUCCCUGGGGACGCUUGCCAUGUCAUCGAGCCUGGCCGUGAAGCCAACGUCUCCCCCAGUGACUGUGAUGAGCCCCACCGCGGCCGAAGCCACGGACACCGGAAAAACCACCCUCUCCACUGGAGUCACCAUGGAAGAGGUCCCGCGCGCCUUGAGCGCAGGGAGCAUCGUGGCCAUAACCGUGACGGUCAUCGUGGUGGUGGUGGUGGUUUUCGGCGCAGCGGCGUACCUCAAGAUCAGGCACUCCUCCUACGGCAGGCUUUUGGAUGACCAUGACUACGGCUCCUGGGGCAACUACAACAACCCUCUCUAUGACGACUCCUAGCAGGGAUGAGGAACAACAACAACCACCAAAUCAAAUCUGUAAUUUAUAAACGCUUCUGCAGCAGAGCAUCCGCUGUCGAGGAGAUGCCCAGGCGCCGAGCCACGGCUGCGGGCAGGAUUAUGGCUGGGCCGGCGGAUGACGGGCAACCGGAGGGCGGGGCGUGCAGCGCCCACAAUAAACCUGAAUUUUGGCCUUUGCGUAGGAAAUUCUGGUUUCCUGGGA